AUGGAAGAAGAACAAAAAACAAAUAAAUUUAGAGAAAUUUUAGGAAAAAGUCAAAAUUUUAAAGAUCUUAGUAUGUUUAGAAACAUUUCAAAAAGAUUUUUACAAGAUCAUCGAGAUUUUGAAGAAUGGCGUAGUUAUCAACAAGAAACCGAUAAAGGGAUAAGAUUUGUAUUUAGUGUGUUAUUAAGGCAUCUUAAAGGAAAUGCAAAGUUAUGUUAUUUGUACUUUCUAAUGAUAGAUUAUGUUUUUGGUCAUAUUAAUUUAAGUGAAAAGGACAAUGAAAACGUGGUAAUUAGAGGAAAAGUCAACUAUUCUACAAAUGAUGGUUUUAUAGAAAUUGAUAUAGAACUUGUCAUUAUGAGGUUAAUAAAUUUAUUUAAUGCUUUGGAAGAAGGGGAUUUCAAAGAACAAAAGAACGACAGCAUCUUCUUUGCAUUGAUCAUGAUAUGCAAUAAAAUUGUUAACUUUGAAAAACUACAAUUGAUGAAAGAUUAUGUAGAAAUAAAAAAAGAUAAAACAAAUAAAUUCAAAAUUAGCAGAAUACAUUUGAACGCAAUGAGAAUAAAUUUUAUGUUCUAUUUGGGCAUAAUUCGCAUGGAACAUCAAAGUAGUCAAAUACAUUCAGGUCCAUAUGACAUCUUUCUUAAUUUCAUAGACUAUUCUUUUUCUUCCUCUCAUCCUUACCAAUCUGAGAUUAAUAAAUUACAGAAUGAAUUUUCUGAAGAACAAUUUAGGUUAGCAAAGGAAUCUCAAGAACAAAAUGAUGAUUUAUAA